CUUCUCCUUCUCUUUCUAUGUAAAAAGAUUCCCUUCCCCUUCUCCCAUCCCCCACAAUACCUUGAGCUUUUGGCUACAACCCAAAAUAAGAACAAGAUAUUAUUCCAAAAAAACAGUUUCACCAGUACUGCUAUAGCUCUUUCUAACAUGGCUGCAGACUAUUCCUGCUCUUCAUCUUCAUCUUCUUCUUCCUCAAACCUAAGAAUCACAGUUGAGAAAAACCCUUCUGAGUCUCGCUUAUCUGAAUUGGACAUCAAGUGCUGGCCCAAGUGGGGUUGUUCUCCUGGGAAGUACCAGCUGAAGUUUGAUGCAGAGGAGACGUGUUACUUGCUCAAGGGAAGAGUGAAGGCAUACCCGAAAGGGUCAUCGGAGUUCGUCGAGUUCGGAGCCGGCGACCUGGUUACGAUCCCAAAGGGACUCAGUUGCACUUGGGAUGUAUCAAUUGCUGUUGAUAAACACUAUAAAUUCGAAUCAUCAUAACUAUUUUAAUAUCA